GGCACGGGUAUGCAUCCGGCAGCUGAACAUAAAUGUAAUUUCGUUCCUUUUCGUUUUCGGGACUUCUCAUGCACAAUAUCUGGAGGUCAGAACUGGUUCAUAGUGCCGUGCGCCGCUAGGAGACUUGGGGCCCCAGCCUAUCCCCGGACCAAUUUCCGCAAUGAGGCUUAAUUUUAUAUCUCCCGAAAAGCUGGAAUAUAGAGGUUUAUUACUGAGCACGCCAGCUGGGCCUGUGUCAACGUGUGCCGCUAUCUGGAAACUCAGCAGUAGGCAAAAGUCCCGACGUCUGAUAGGUGCGCCUGCAUGCGAGCGCGAAUCAUCAUGAGCACCGAAAGGCCUACAUUUCCAACGUUCUUUCUUGCACGGCCUCGGAAUUAACCUAAUCUUCAAUUGGGCUCUCUUCUGUCGCUAUAAGAUGGUUGCACGCAAGCCGAUUUUCGCAAAUAAGGAGGACGCCAACGCGCGUGAGGCGUUGGUGUUGUACGAAGCCAAGCAGUACAAGAAAGCGUUGAAAUUGGUCGACCAGAACUUGAAAAAAAACUCUUCUCAUGCCGAGUCGUUGGCUUUGAAAGGAUGCUCCAACUACCAGUUGGGCCACAAGGCGGACGCAGAGUCGUACAUUGCAAAGGCGUUAAAAAAAGACCCCUCGAACUACUUGGUGGACCAUUUGGCCGGGAUUUACUAUAGGAACGUAGAAAACUACGCCGAGGCUGCCAAGUGGUACAAAGCUGCGUUGGACAACGGCUCGCAGAACACGCCGAUCUUGCGAGACUUGGCGCUUCUCCAGGCACAACUUAGGGACUUCAAAGGCUUAAGAGAAUCGCGGGUGAAGUUCUUGGAAACCCAGCCGGGGUACAGGGCCAACUGGACGGCCGUUGCCGUGGCCCACCAUCUAAACAAAGACUACGAUUCGGCGGUGACCACUUUGGCCAAGAUCGAGGGCAUUAUCAAGGAGCAUUUACAAGAACAGGACAGGUACGAGCAGAGCGAGUGUGUGCUAUACAAGAACCUGAUUAUUGCCGAAUCGGGCAAUUUCGGCCGGGCUUUGCAGGAGCUCGAGGCGGACGUGGGCGAGAUCCGUGACCGCGUUUCCUUUUUGGAAUACAAGGCCAAGUACUUGUUGCUCUUGGGGAAGCAUAAGGACGCCUCGGUCGUGUACCGGCAGUUGAUCCAGAUCAACCCAGAUAACAUGUCUUACUACUAUCUUCUUGAGACCGCGUUGCUGACGCCAAGCGAAUCUGAGGAGCUCCGUUUGAAAUUGUACGACAAGCUCGCGACCUUCUACCCCCGCUCGGACCCGCCGCAAUUCAUCCCACUCACUUUCUUGCCAGCUGCGCACCCGGAGUUCCGGUCCAGGGUCAAAGCAUACAUUGUGUCCCAAUUGAAGAGGGGAGUUCCCGCCACGUUCGUGAAUGUCAAGCCCUUGUACAAAAACAGCAAGAAGAUCGAGGUCAUUGCUUCUGUUCUCGAGGACUUUGCUGCGACCGAAGUGCCCCAGUUGCCUCCGCCAGUCUCUGUAUGGACAUCGUACUUUUUGGCCCAGCAUCAUCUUUAUCUCGGCGACUUGCCUGCGGCUACGCGUCACAUCGAUGCGGCCUUGGUUCACUCUCCUACGCUUGUCGAGCUCUACAUUCUCAAGGCACGAAUCGUGAAACACACCGGAGAUGCGCAAAAAGCCAGCGACAUCAUGCAAGAGGGCCGCGGCCUCGACUUGCAGGACCGAUUCAUCAACUCCAAAACCACCAAGUACUUGAUGAGAGCCAAUAGGGUGGAAGAGGCCAUCGACUGUGUGUCUCUUUUCACGAAAUUGGAAGACGGUGCCAUCAACGGCCUCAAAGAUGCCCACGUCAUGCAAGCAAACUGGGUGUUGAUCGAGAGUGCCGAGGCCUACUACAGACUCUACCAAGAAAAGACAAAGGAAGUUGCGGCCUUGGGAGGAAGUCCAGAGGAGGCCGCGAGGGAAAGCGAGAUUGCUUCGUUCUACCGAGGCUUGGCAUUGAAGAGAUUCUUGGCAGUGAUCAAGGUAUUCAAAGUCUUUGUGGCCGACCAAUUUGACUACCAUUCCUACUGCAUGAGAAGAGGAACCCCGCGUGGCUAUGUGGACAUGUUGCAAUGGGAAGACCGCAUCCACUCUACGCCCAUUUAUGUCAGAGCCGUGAAGGGUUUGAUGGCAUUGUAUCUGGAUAUCGUAGACGAAGAGCCCGAGGCGGACGAUGAGAAGUCCAAGAAAAAGAAGUCCAAAAAGGGGAAGCCCUUGAACAAGAAGUUGAAUGAAUGGGCUUGCAAGGUCGAGUCCGAGAAGAACGACGAGGAUGUGUUCGGUCAAAAAGCGUUGGCUGAUUUGAAAGACAACAACACCAUCGAUGCCGCCAUGGAAUCGUACGUGAAGGAGUUGACAUCCGAGGCCGACCAGUACAAGAUCACUUGGGAGUUGGCAUACGGUCUUUACAAAAGAGAGCUGAAAUACGUCUUGACUUUGCAAGCUUUGAGAAACUGGGCCAAGAUCGUGGACCCAAACAACUUGAAGCUCAGGUCUGUUGGCGAAAAGGUGCUUGACUUCAAGGCCGCGUUGGCGAGCGACACGACGGCCAAUCCAGCAAUUGUGAAGGUUGCUCAAAAAGGUAUCGAGGGCGCCUUCCCACAGUUGAGCGAGGGCGAGGACAAGUUCAGAGAAGUUUACUCGAACUAAGUGGGUCUGUUUAUGUAUU